AUGGACGACGAUCGCGGCGGCAGGUUCGAGUCCAUCCCGGAGAACGACUCGGGCGCCCCCGGCCCCGCCAAGUCCGUGGAGGGCUGGAUCGUGCUCGUCACCGGCGUGCACGAGGAGGCCCAGGAGGACGACCUGCACGAGCACUUCGCCGACUACGGCGAGAUCCGAAACAUGCACCUCAACCUGGACCGACGGACGGGGUUCGUCAAGGGGUACGCGCUGAUCGAGUACGAGACGAAGAAGGAGGCCCAGGCCGCGAUCGACGGCGCGAACGGAUCGAGCAUGCUGGACCAGACCCUCGAGGUGAGCUUCGCAUUCUCCAAGGGGCCGAUCAACAAGUAG